UAACCCUAUAUAUUUGAUUUUAGUGGUAGCAUGAAGCUAUGGCAUAUGCUUCGCCUUGAAACUAGCACGUUUAUGCGAUGCCACUGACUGAUUUCUUCGCUCCGCUUAAUUGAGUGGCAUGCGGAUAAUCGGCAGAAAGAGCUCAAACUGCAAGAGAAUCUCGCAUGGUAAUUAGGCGCCUACUUUUCCCCAGAUGAUUCAUCCCAAAUGAAGGGUUCGUCGGGGUCGUCAUCAACGCGGUGCUGAGAUUUCCGCUUCAGGAAGAGGGGUUUCUUGAGGCCUUGGCCCUGUGAAGAUGACGUUGGUGAGCAGGAGAGAACUGGUGCUCGUGUCUGCAGCUUCGGGCGCUAUUGGAGGAGGGCUGGUCGCGCUAGCAUGCAUUGUUGGAGGUCGGUCCCGCUCGGCUCCUCCACAUCAGUGUAACGAGGCUGCUACUGAGGAGACAAAAGUGUUGGAGUGGCUCAAGCUUUGCCUUCGACGGGUUUUUUUCUGGCGGUCGAGAGGUGAAGGUGUUGGUAGUGUUUCUCAUGAAACCCAUCGUUCUUCAUCAGCAAGAAGGGAUAUUCUUGUCCAAGACACCGAAUGUUCGUCACCGAAGCUUCAUACCUGCUGGGGAACUCACAGCGUGCCUGUUGACAACGAUGUUGAUGGUUUUGAGGAUGUGGGUGUUAUGAUAGACCACCCCCCGUCAACCACUCCUCAGACAUUGACUGUUGCCGAUAAGCCCGACCCUUACAAUCCAUCGAAACGACAAGGAUACUUGUCAUGGGAUGACUACUUCAUGGCUAUUGCAUUUCUGUCGGCGAAGCGUUCAAAGGAUCCCAAUCGCCAGGUUGGGGCAUGCAUUGUAAGCCAGGACCGCGUUAUUCUUGGAAUCGGUUACAAUGGCUUCCCAAGGGGUUGCUCAGAUGACCAACUUCCAUGGGCCAAGAAAUCGCAGUCUGGUGAUCCGCUGCAAACCAAAUAUCCAUAUGUAUGCCACGCGGAAGUAAAUGCAAUCCUGAACAAGAACCAUGCUUCAGCUUCAGGCCAGAGACUGUACGUGACCCUCUUCCCUUGCAAUGAAUGUGCCAAGAUAAUUAUUCAGGCAGGAAUUGCUGAGGUGGUUUACUAUACAGACAAAGGCGCGCAUAUAGAGAACAAUGCAGGAGGCACUGAACCUGCAUUUGUUGCAUCUCGACGACUCCUGUCUAUGGCUGGAAUCAGGGUGUGGCAACAUGUACCAAUUGACAAGACGCUGAUCCUUGAAUUUAUGUAGCAUUGGACAGCUUCGUUUUCACAGUAAAUCUUUGACGAAGGCCAGCAACUGGGAAAUUGUCUUCUCUCAAGUGGAAUGAAGAUAAAUGCUACAAGCGGCGAGGAUCAUCUGCAGGAGAAAGGUUCUUUAUUCUUUGUAAAUUAUGAUCCAAAGUAGAACAAAUCUAGUCAGCAUCUGGUCGAUUAGCAAUCUAUGGCUGCAGUGCUUCCUCUCGGGAGACUUCCUCGGAAGCCCGAUAGAGAAGAUCAUCUACAGUCAGUUUACGUGGAGCACUUGCUUACUGCGCUGGUUUAGUAUCACGGAAUACUAUGAAAAAAUUUCAACCGCGUUUUCCAUUUGUUGAACAA